AUGGCCGCCACCGCCGCAGCCUCCUCUGCUAACAAGCGCAAGCCGUCGUUCUCCGACGAGUCGGACUCGGACUCCGAUUCCCCUUCCUCCCCAUCCAAGAAACACUCCGCCACCUCCACCGCAAAGCAGUCCGCCAGCCAGCAGCUCGUCCCUGUCCCCGGUCAGCCAGAUGCGCCCCUCGUCACAAAGCGCACCCUCCAAAAUAGAAAGGCCCAACGCGAGUUCCGCAAGCGUCGCGAGGCACGCGUGAGGGAACUGGAAGAGCGAUGCCGCCGCUUCGACCAGAUGGGCCUAGAGGCAAACACGGAGCUCCAGCGACUCGCACGCAACCUCAAGGAGGAGAACGAGGCGCUCAAGUCGCUCAUCGCACGUCUCGGAUUCGCCCACAUGAUCCCCGGCGUGCUCGAGUCCGUCAACGCACACGACCAACACCAUCCCCACCAGAUCCAACAUUCGCAACACGCUGCCCGCCACCACCAUCCGCAGUCAUUCGCCCCCCUCGACCUCGGCAUGGAAGCCUGGGCAAGACAGCCCGCACCAGCUUCUUCCAUCUCCGCUCCUUCUCUCCACCAGCCCGGCGCUCCCGUCCCCGCAUCAGCCCUCGACCAAAACAGCGCUGCCACCGCCUCGAUUACCAAGCAGUCCAAGCGAUCCCGCGGCUCCACUUCUGCAACCAACACCUCCGCCUCAGCCGCCACCUCUUCCCUUUCCCACAUGCCGGCAUUCACAGAACUGCUCCCCACCACCGCAGGCAACGUCAACCCCAGCCUGCUCAGCGACACCUCCUCCCACCCUUCCAAGCACUCGCUACCGGGCACCACCGCCGCCAUCGCCAUCCCUGCCACCGACAAAUCCACCACCACCGCUAGGCCCAUCCACGACAAUAGCACCUUUGACAACGAUUGGUUCGCUCAGCUCGCACAGUCCGGUCACGACAAAGACGAAGCCGACAUCAACGACGGCGCUACCAAGCUUGAAAAGUCCACCAAUAGCAAUACGCUCCCCAACGAUCGCACAUCCAUCAACCCCAUCCUCUCCCUCAAUCUCGGCGGCAACAACAACAACAACAACAACAACAACAACAACAACAACAACAACAACAACAACAACAACAACAACAACAACAACAACAACAACAACAACAACAACAACAACAACAACAACAACAACAACAACAACAACAACAACAACGACUCCAAGCCCAACGCAAAGCCAUCCGACGCACUCAACGCCAACUCGGCGCUCACUGGUUCCGCCAUGCUCGGCGCCAACGCACGCGACUUUGGCCUCGGCCUUGCUAGUGCCCUCGGCAUCCCAGCCUCAUCCGCCCCGGGCUCCAACAUCUUCCCCAUGCCCAUGCCCACCCACCAGAACGGCGCUCUGCUCAACCCCAACCCCAUCCCCUUUGCCUUCAACCUCAGCGACAACCAAGCUCCCGGCGACCAGAGCUGGUGGUCGCAGGUCGCAGGAAGCGUGCUCGAGGGCGACGACAGCGUCCUCGACGAAAAAGCGCAGGCAGUCGCACAGGCUACCGGCACCUCGAACAACGGCGCUCCGUCUCCCUUUGACCUCUCUGCCUUCCUCAACGGCGGCCUCACCCCCGGCGGCGGAUUCACCUUCGGAAGCCAGUCCAACAACGACACUGACGAUGCACACGAUCCGCAGAAGAGCAGCUCUGCAAGCAGCGCCACCUUCCCCGACGACGCUGUGAAGCCAAACAACGGCAAGGCUGGCGAGACCCAGUCGUUGACACAAGCAGAGCAUGCACAGAUGUUCCUUCGCCUCCUCGAGGCAAAGAUGGCCAAGCGCGACCCAAGCCCGUACGCCCAACUCGGAUUCCAACCGCCUACGCACCAGCAGCAAUACGCCGCAUCCCACCAAGCUGGUCCCAGCUUCUCCGACGCCAGCUCGUCAUCCUCGGCCUCCUCGUCGUCGAACGACAAGGCCGCAUUCAAGCAAGACGACGACUCGUCGCUCUCGCCAAUCAAUGUCUACUCGCGCCUGGCCCAGCAUCCCGCCUUCCUCUCCACCAACGCGAGCGAACUCGAGGAGCUUGUUGACUCGAUCAGCUCGUCGCAACACCAACGACAGCAGUCGCAGUCGCUCUUCCAGCCGCCUUUCAACAAGCGAAGGUCUUCGCCCGCCAAGCCAGCGCCUGCGCUCUACCCUCCGUCCGCAUCCGGUCUCACCCCGAGCAUCUACGGGCCCAACGGCGCAGCCGCGCUUGCCAGCCGCUCGUCGUCCUCGGCCAGCUCGCAUGGCGGCAAGGACCUCGAGGUGGACGAGAAUGCAGUCACCAAAAUGCUUGGCCUGCUUGACCGCAAGACCUCGCGCGAAGCUGCGACCGCCGGUGGCGGCGGUCUCGGCUUCUGA